CGUGGUUACCAACUUAUGCCUCCCGGCGGCAGCGUCUUUGCGUCACUCAGUGCGUGCCUUGACGUACGGCGUGCUAUAAAUAGAGAGCGCGCAGGCACGGCCCUCCUUUUUCCGCGUAGUGUGACCAAGAUGGCGCCGCCUAAAGAUAAGAAGGCUAAGAGAUCAACUUGGAAGUUUAAUCUUGACCUUACUCAUCCAGUUGAAGAUGGAAUCUUUGAUUCUGGAAAUUUUGAGCAAUUCUUGAAGGAGAAAGUUAAAGUCAAUGGAAAAACUGGGAACCUAGGGAAUGUUGUUCAUAUUGAACGCUUCAAGAAUAAGAUCACAGUUGUGUCUGAGAAACAGUUCUCUAAACGAUAUUUAAAAUAUCUUACCAAAAAGUAUCUUAAGAAGAACAAUCUUCGUGAUUGGCUUCGUGUGGUUGCAUCUGACAAGGAGACUUACGAACUUCGUUAUUUCCAGAUUAGUCAAGAUGAGGAAGGCUCUGAAUCUGAAGAUUAAAUGGGAAGCUGAGCAACCCCUUUCUUAAGGGAUUUGAAUUUUAAGUGUUCAAAAGAAUAAAAUAUUGUGACACUAAUUUAUUGGCAAAUAAAAUUUACAAUAGUGUUUAAAAUUA